AUGGCGAGUCAGCCUACUAAAAGAAAACGAAAUGAGACUACCGCAUUCGAAAAGAGAGAGAUUGCAAGAUACAAGGAAGAACAUCCAAAAGCAAGUUUAGAUUUCCUAAGUAAACACUUUGGUGAAUUAUUUGGACACUCAGUCGGAAAAUCUACAAUCGGUGACAUCUUGAAGUCCAAGGAAAAAUGGCUUACCGUUCCUAAAGAUUCUGCGGCCCUGUCUCGAGCAAGAAACGUCAAACAUCAGAAAGUGGAGGAGGCGCUCUUUUUAUGGAUGAAUGACAUGACCAGUAAGAAUGCAGCUGUUAAUGACGAGAUGUUGAUUCUAAAAGCGAAAGACUUCGGUGACAAGUUGUCAGUUAAGGAUUUCGCGUAUUCUCGUGGAUGGCUGGCCAGAUUCAAAUCUCGACACUCUAUAUCGAAGCAAGCGCUCCAGGGUGAAGCAGCCAGUGCCGACAAGACUGCAGUCAUCGCGGGGAGAGAGGAACUGAAGAAAGUUUUAAGCGAGUACGCCGCCGAAACCAUUUGA